AUGCGCUUUGCAACUUCAGCCCUGGCCCUUGUCGCCUCUGCCGCCGCCGCCAGCGCCGCCUCCAUCUCCUUCUGGACCCUGGAUAAGCUCACCCGCACCAUCCACUUCACCCCCAACGCCGGCUUGCCCAACAUCAAGAGCGUCACCGUCAACAACAAGCGGAGAACCAAGGUCGUCUUCCCCCCGGACUGGGUCGGCAACUUCUACGCCGUCCAGGAAGGCCACGACAACAUCCCCGGCAUGCUGGGAGAAGUCGCCUUUAGCAGCCGUGACCACAAGACGUACUUUGACGUGUCCGGCAUCGUCAAUGCCGACGACGUCAACAAUGUCAAGCAGAUAUGGCCGGCCAGCGGCGCCCCCCCGAUGUCUGGAUGCGAGGUCUUUCCCUGCAGCAAUGCGUACUGGUUGCCUGACGACGUCCAGACAAAAGUCACGAGCGAGCUCGACCUGAUAGCCACGCUGGGCACCGGCUCUACGGGCAUGAACUUUGUUGAGAGCGACUAA